AUGUUCGUGCGGGGCACCAGACUCAGCCGUUGGGUGCUAAAAAAAACGUCAAAAAAAUACGGGCUCACCAAUUUAGCACCGCAAGUUGUGUCUGAAGCUAUGACGCGUCUACCUCCGUUUGCCGUUGCGUUAUGCAAUCGCUUCAAUGAUCAAGGUGUUGUAAUGAGCGGAGGUGUAUUGUGCUUCACGGGUCUCGUCAUAGCUGCUACAAGUUUAGGCUUGACACUUGUGUACACACCGUCACUUACCAUUUGCACUACAUACUUCAAACGCAAACGAUCGACUGCUUUGAGUUUAUCUUUAUCCGGAGCUGGAUUCGCGGCACUCACUUUGCCUUAUCUGAUAGUAUAUUUGAUUGAUGAAUAUGCCUAUAGUGGAGCAGUUCUUUUGCUGGGUGCCAUCAGCUUGCACUACUGUGUCACUGGUGCAUUAUUCCGCGACCCUCCCCACUCCGUUUUGACCGAUGGCGUCAAACAGGAGAAAAUCGUCACUGAAAAUAAUAUUUCUAUGAAUAUCUGUCAGCGCAUUAGAAGAAAAAUUACCGGAUGCUUCACUAAUGAGAGUCAACGGCAUUCAUACAAAGGAAUUCUGCGAAACCCUUGGAUGGUCCUGUUCCUAUUCUCUUUUUGUCUGAAUAUGAUGGGAUCCGGUCCCGUAACGACCCUCCUUAUUCAUCAUGCUGAGAAUUUAGGUUUUCAACGCAUGGUUUCGGUGCAGUUGUUGGCCAUCGAGGGUAUUGUGCAAAUCGUGUUUCGUGUAUUUGGUGGCUUGGUUCUGGAUAUUCAAUGUGUUCGCCCACACCGUGGUAAAAUAUGGUCUGUCACCAUCGCACUGUCUUCGUUGACUAUUCUCUUUCUGGCGUUUGCGGAAAAGAUGGCCAUGUUGUCAUUCCUUAUGUCCCUUCGGGGUGUAACACUUGCCGUGUAUAUAUCCCAGCAAGCUGUCAUCACUGCGGACAUGUGCGAAAAACACCCAGAAAAUUUGAAACAAGCCAUUGGACUUUCUCAAAUAGGAAAAGGUGUUGGGGUACUAGUCGGCUCCUGGUGUGCAGGCUCGAUUCGCGAUAUCACCCAACAAUAUCGACCAGCUUUCCUCUUCCUAAGCGGGAUGCAGUUUAUUGGCGCGUUGACUGCUUUGAUGGCCGUAACAAAUGUGCAUCGUAGCACUUGCGGGGCGGAAAGAAGCGAUGUCAAAGAUGCGCUAUUGGAACAAUCACAAAACAAUCAGUCUGAACUUCGAGAUCCAGGAGAUCCGGUGAUCCCGAUCCCUCAGGAAUCCGGUCACGAUAAAAUGAAUCAACCGGGUUUCAUUGCAGUGCAGUUGCCGGAUUGCGAUUCACCCACCCGUAUCCUGGAUCCGAAGCUUUCAUCCCCGGAACGAAAUAGCCUGAUUUCGAAGUAG